GUCAGUUUGAUUUCGAAAGCCGGCUGCUAAACAACGAAACAGCUCAGGAAAGAGUUAAAAAAAACAUCAAGGAAAUAAAACCUCUAAAAGUACAAAGUGCACACGUUUAUUUCUGAUUAAUAAUAAAUUAAUAAUUUUAUUAAAGUGUUAAAACUCUUCAAAUCAAAACAACGCCAACAUGUCUUAUCACAAGCCAGAAGCUAAAGCUGUUCAAGAAUUGAAAGAUAUUGCCCAUCGUUUGCGUAUCCAUUCCAUAACCUCCACGCAAGCCUCCAAAUCUGGCCAUCCUACAUCAUGUGCCUCUAUUGCUGAAAUUAUGUCGGUAUUGUUUUUCAAUACCAUGCGUUUGAAUUUGAAAUUCCCCCGUGAUCCCUCAAGCGAUCGUUUCGUUUUGUCAAAGGGUCAUGCUGCUCCCAUUUUAUAUGCUGCCUGGGCUGAAGCUGGUCUUUUCCCCGUUGAGGAAUUGCAAAAGUUGCGUAAAGUUGAUUCCGAUUUGGAAGGUCACCCCACACCUCGUUUGAAUUUCAUUGAUGUUGGUACUGGCUCUUUGGGUCAAGGUGUUGCUGUUGCCGCCGGUAUGGCUUAUGUUGGCAAGAAUUUCGAUAAGGCCGAUUACAGAACUUACGUUUUGGUCGGUGAUGGUGAAUCUGCUGAAGGUUCCAUCUGGGAAUCUCUACACUUUGCCGGUUACUACAAAUUGGACAAUUUGUGUGUGAUCUUCGAUGUCAAUCGUUUGGGUCAAUCUGAACCUACCUCAUUGCAACAUCAAAUGGAUGUUUACCGCAAACGUUUGGAAGCUUUCGGUUUCAAUGCUUUAGUUGUCGAUGGUCAUGAUGUUGAAGAAUUGUGCAAGGCUUUCCAUGAAGCUGCCAAUACCAAGAAUCAACCUACUGCCAUUAUUGCUAAGACCUAUAAGGGUAAAUUCUUCCCCAACAUUGAAGAUUUGGAAAAUUGGCACGGCAAACCCUUGGGCGAUAAGGCCAAUGAAGUCAUCAAACACUUGCAAGGAUUAAUGAUCGAUUCUAGUCCUCGUCCAGCCGCUUUGGCGCCUCAAACUCCCACCAAGAGCAAGCCAGCUCCUGUUGUUGAUAUUACCAACGUACAAUUGUCAUCGCCACCAGCCUACAAGUUGGGUGAACAAGUUGCCACUCGUUCGGCCUAUGGUAAUGCUUUGGCUAAGUUGGCUCAAAACAAUGAUCGUGUUAUUGCCUUGGAUGGUGAUACCAAAAACUCUACCUUCUCUGAAAAAUUGAAGAAGGUAUUCCCUGAACGUUAUAUUGAAUGUUUCAUUGCUGAGCAGAAUUUGGUUGGUGUUGCCAUUGGUGCCGCUUGCCGUGAUCGUACUAUUGCUUUUGCCUCUACCUUUGCCACCUUCUUUACACGUGCCUACGAUCAAAUUCGUAUGGGUGCUAUUUCUCAAACCAAUGUCAAUUUUGCUGGUUCUCACUGUGGUGUUAGUAUUGGUGAAGAUGGUCCCUCUCAGAUGGGUUUGGAAGAUGUUGCCAUGUUCCGUACCAUUCCCGGCAGUACUGUAUUCUAUCCUUCUGAUGCUGUCAGUUGUGAACGUGCCGUUGAAUUGGCUGCCAACAAAAAGGGUGUUUGUUUCAUUCGUACCUCUCGUCCCAACACUGCCGUACUGUACGACAACAAUGAACCCUUCGCUAUUGGCAAAGGCAAGGUUGUCAAGCAAUCGGCUAAUGAUCAAGUUUUGUUGAUUGGUGCUGGUAUCACUUUGCACGAGUGUUUGAAUGCUGCUGCUGAAUUGGAAAAGGCCGGCAUUAAUGCUCGUGUUAUUGAUCCAUUCACUGUUAAGCCUUUGGAUGUUGAUUUAAUUGUUGAAAAUGGUCGUGCCUGUGGUGGCCGUAUUGUUGUCGUAGAAGAUCAUUAUCAACAAGGUGGUUUGGGUGAAGCUGUUCUUUCAGCUUUGGCUGAUAAACGUGACUUUGUUGUCAAACAUUUGUUUGUGCCCACAGUGCCCCGCUCUGGUCCACCCACUGUUCUCAUUGAUAUGUUCGGCAUUUCUGCUCGUCAUGUAGUUGCUGCUGCUACUGAAAUUCAAAAAUUGUAAAUUUAACAACAGUUUAUAUAUAAUACUACACUAUCACGUAACCAUUAAUCGAGCACUUUAAUCCAGAAAAGCUGAAGCAGAUGCAUUCUAUAUAAUUGCAUUAGCAUUUAUCUGUUAGCGUUGCCUAUGCAUACGCUCUGUAGUUGUUUAAUUUUUAAGUAGGUAUAUCUAUCGCUACUUAUGAAAUAAACUUUGAAAAAAACACAACAAAGCAGGUUGAUAUUUUCAAAGAUUUUUUUAGAAUAAGUACUUUAAGCCUAGAAUUAUGCACUAUUUUUCUACAUUUUAUUUUACAGAACAAUGUUAAGUUAGCAGAACGAAACAGCAAAUAAGCAAAUAUGUAAUAAAAAUGAAUGUGCAUAAUAAAACAACAAUGAUUAUGUAUUUUGUUGAUUCGUAUGUUUGUAUACACAAACAACCUUUGUGUUACAUUGUUGUUGUUAAAUUAAUUCUAAUAUGUAUGUUUAUUACAUUUCUUACUUAAAAAACAAAUUAAAAAGCUAAGAAAUAUAAAUUUUUUAGUUGUUGCCAAUUUUCACAAUUAAAUCUACUAAUGAUCGAUUAAUUGCUAACAGAAAUUAUUAUUGAGAGCUUUAUUCAUAACUAAUGUUUUAUCAAUAAAGGUUUGAAAAACAAUUAAAAAAAUUGAUUUAUCGAAAAAUUAAAAUAGUUUUUUAUAGAAAAUAUAUAAAAAUCCUUUCUCCACAAUCGUUAAGUUAACAGAGCAAAAAAUAGUACACAAACAGAAUUAAAAUUAUUGUAAUGCUUAAGUCAAAAAGGAAAAUUUCACAAUUUGCUGUUCUGACUUCUUUCUUUAAUAAAGAAAAUAUAUUAAAAAUUAACAAAACUAAUGUUAUAUUAUAAAAGCCUAAAAAUAUACAUUUUUUAAUUACUUUACAUUUUUUACAACAUAAUGUUAUGUUAACAGACCAAAAUAAGAAAUACAAAGAAUGUAAAAGUAA